GGCGGCGGCGGCGGCGGCGGCGGCGGCGCAAGAUGGCGGCGGAGCGGGGGGAGGCGGCGGCGGCAGGCGGCGGGGCCGGCCCCGGGCCCGGGGCGGGCGGGGAGAUGCCCCCGUACGCGGGCUGGGCCCCGGCCGAGCUGCAGGCCACGCUGGCGGGCAUCGGCGCCCCCAGCCAGGGCACCCGGGAGGAGCUGGUGGAACGACUGCAGGCUUACACCAUGCAGACGGGGAUCGUCCUGAGCCGCCCCGUGCUGCGCCCCGAGGAGGGGGACAAGGCUGCCCAGCCCCCGCUGCCGGCACAGCUGCCCAGCCUGCCCCUGCAGCACCCGUUGGUGCCCCCUCCCCCGCCGGGAAUGGGGCUGAGCUACGGGCUGGGGGUGCCCCCCCCGCCGCCCCCCCCCGGGCUGCGGGGGCCGGGGGCCGAGGGGCUGUCGGAGGAGGAGCGGCUGACGCUGGCCCAGCAGCAGGCGGCCCUGCUGCUGCAGGAGGAGCGGGCCCAGCAGGGCCAGCACCCGUUUGGGGACAAGGCCAAGGAGCAGGAGCUGCUGGAGCAGCAGAAGCGGGCGGCGGUGCUGCUGGAGCAGGAGCGGCAGCAGGAGAUGGCCAAGAUGGCACCCGCUGUGCCCCGGCCCCCUCCGGACGUGGCACCCAUGGGUGCCCGGGCCCCCCUGCCCCCCCGAGGCAGCACCCCCAUGGGUGCCCCCAUGCCCGGGGUGCCCAUGGGUGCCCCCCGCCCCCGUGGGCCCCCGCCGCCCCCCGGGGAGGAGAGCCGAGAGCCGGACGACCCGACCGUGGGUCCCAAGAUCCCGCAGGCGCUGGAGAAGAUCCUGCAGCUGAAGGAGAUCCGGCAGGAGGAGCUGAUCACCGUGCCGGGGCUCUCGGCCGAGGACGAGAUGGAGACGGAGCCGCGGGCGUCGGCGUCGGCCUCGGAGGCGGAGGAGGACGCGGGGCUCUCCAAAAAGGAGCGCAACCGCAAGCGCCGCAACCGCAAGAAGAAGAAGCGGGGGCGGGCACGGGAAGGGCCCCCCCCCCCAGCCCGGGGGGACCCCGAGACCCCGGGGGACGCCCCCCCCGUGGAGAUCGAGUACAUCACCGAGGAGCCCGAGAUCUACGACCCCAACUUCGUGUUUUUUAAGAGGAUUUUUGAGGCUUUUAAGCUGACAGACGACGUGAAGAAGGACAAAGAGAAGGAGCCGGACAAGACGGACAGGCCCGAGAGCGCCGCCGUCCCCAAGAAGAAGGGCUUCGAGGACGGGCACAAGGGCAGCGAGGACGACAGCUCCGAGGACGAGCAGGAGAAGAAGCCGGAGGUGCCCAAGCUCUCCAAGAAGAAGCUGCGGCGCAUGAACCGCUUCACCGUGGCCGAGCUGAAGCAGCUGGUGGCGCGCCCGGACGUGGUGGAGAUGCACGACGUGACGGCGCAGGACCCCAAGCUGCUGGUGCACCUCAAGGCCACCCGCAACUCGGUGCCGGUGCCGCGGCACUGGUGCUUCAAGCGCAAGUACCUGCAGGGCAAGAGGGGCAUCGAGAAGCCCCCCUUCGAGCUCCCCGACUUCAUCAAGCGCACGGGCAUCCAGGAGAUGCGCGAGGCGCUGCAGGAGAAGGAGGAGCAGAAGACGAUGAAGUCGAAGAUGCGGGAGAAAGUUCGCCCCAAAAUGGGCAAAAUCGACAUCGAUUACCAAAAACUGCACGACGCCUUCUUCAAGUGGCAGACGAAGCCCAAGCUCACCAUCCACGGCGACCUCUACUACGAGGGGAAGGAGUUUGAGACGCGGCUGAAGGAGAAGAAACCAGGCGACCUCUCGGACGAGCUGCGCAUCGCCCUGGGCAUGCCCGUGGGGCCGAACGCGCACAAGGUGCCCCCGCCCUGGCUGAUCGCCAUGCAGCGCUACGGCCCCCCCCCCUCCUACCCCAACCUCAAGAUCCCGGGGCUCAACUCCCCCAUCCCCGAGGGCUGCUCCUUCGGGUACCACGCCGGGGGCUGGGGGAAGCCGCCCGUGGACGAGACGGGGAAGCCGCUCUACGGGGACGUCUUCGGCACCAACGCUGCCGAGUUCCAGACCAAGGAGGAAGAGGAGGAGAUAAUCGACCGGACGCCCUGGGGGGAGCUGGAGCCCUCGGACGAGGAGUCCUCGGAGGAGGAGGAGGAGGAGGAGAGCGACGAGGAGAAGCCGGACGAGACGGGGUUCAUCACCCCCGCGGACAGCGGCCUCAUCACGCCCGGGGGCUUCUCCUCGGUGCCGGCGGGGAUGGAGACCCCCGAGCUCAUCGAGCUGAGGAAGAAGAAGAUCGAGGAGGCCAUGGAUGGCAGCGAGACCCCCCAGCUCUUCACGGUGGUCCCCGAGAAGCGCACGGCCACCGUGGGCACCGCCAUGAUGGGCUCCACCCACAUCUACGACAUGUCGGCGGUGAUGGGGCGGAAGGGGCCGGUGCCCGAGGCGCAGGGCGUGGAGGUGGCCCUGGCCCCCGAGGAGCUGGAGCUGGACCCCACGGCCAUGACGCAGAAGUACGAGGAGCACGUGCGGGAGCAGCAGGCCCAGGUCGAGAAGGAGGAUUUCAGCGACAUGGUGGCCGAGCACGCGGCCAAGCAGAAGCAGAAGAAGCGGAAGGCGCAGCCCCAGGACGCCCGCGGCGGCGGCAAGAAAUACAAGGAGUUCAAGUUCUGAGGCGCCGGCGGGACGCGCGUCACCCCCCCGGGACCCCCCCCCGGCACCGCGCGGCACCCGUGGGUGCUGGGUGACGCCCCCCGAGCUCCGGCAGCGCCCGCGGCCCCCCCUUCGCUUUCCUGCCCCCCCUCGUUUUGUAAAUAAAAGGGUGGGGGGCCCCAAUGCCCCCCCUCGGCCUC